CGCCUGCGUGCAUCGGGAGGCGCGCACCGCUGCACGGAGCGCAGGCCGGCACGCAGGAGCGAGCUUCGCCCAGGGCUGCUGUUUAGAUAAGAGAUUUGUGAGUUACAGAGCACGAGCUCCUUCACGUGACCAGAACUGCACAGGGACUUGUUUGAAAUAAUGUGCAGAUCCAGGCUGUAGACAGAAAAACCUGCUGGUAGCAAUGGAUACUAAGAAUUAAACUCUAGGCUGAAGAACAAUGGCUUCCUUCAGCAACCUGACUAUUGGUAUCGCUCUUGCCAGUUUUACCAUAUUCCAGCUCCUGUUCCAUGUUUUAAGCUCUUGGGUAUCCGCGCGGAUAACACCUGGUUUUAGCAAUCUCAGCCAAAAAAGGAAGAUUGAAUGGAAUUCAAGGACAGUGUCCACAUUCCAUGCCUUGGUGGUUGGUGGAUUUUGUCUGUAUAUUUUGUUGUACGAUGAAGCUGUUAAUGCUGACCAUCUCUGGGGUGACCCUUCAAUUGUGAAACUGAAUAUUGCUAUUACCACAGGCUACCUCAUUUCUGAUUUGUUGCUUAUUAUUUGCUACUGGAAGGCAAUUGGUGACAAAUUUUUUGUAAUACAUCACUUGGCAGCUCUGUAUGCUUAUUAUUUUGUACUGAGCAAAGGUCUGCUGGCUUAUUUUGGGAACUUCCGUCUGCUUGCAGAAUUCUCCACUCCUUUUGUCAAUCAGCGGUGGUUUUUUGAAGUACUGGGAUAUCCCAAAUCUUCAAAGGCUAACAUGAUCAAUGGUGUGCUGAUGACAGUUGUGUUCUUCGUGGUGAGGAUUGCCGUCAUGCCUAUGUAUUACAGCCGUGUAUUUUCUUCGUUUGGAACUGAGGGUUUCCAGAGAUUAGGAUUUGCAGCCCAGAGUGCCUGGAUUAUCUCAAGUGUUGUCUUGGAUGUUAUGAACCUGAUGUGGAUGGUCAAAAUUACGAAAGGUUGCUACAAAGUUAUUUGUCUUGUUGGACAGGAGGAAGCCAAAACUCAUAAAAAUGGAAAAUCUGACUAGAGAUCAUACGCAUAAACAGAAAUUUCUGCUAUGAAAAUUAUUUGGGUUCACUGAACCAGUGCACAUUUCUGCCAUGGAAUGCUCCUCUUAAGGAAACAAGGUAUUACCUCUGUACUGACCUUACUCUUUCCCUAGCCACACUGCCUGCGCACCCAGGGCCACGCUUUAAGGAUCUUCUCCAAUGAGGAAUAGAAGCAAACGUUCACAGAAAUGAAUGCUACAUGUUCUGAGCACUUAACAAACUACUGACAUGAGGAAGGAGCAGACUGGUUACUUGGCUGUUGUCCACCAGUGUGUCUGAAGUGUUUCACUCAGGUUUCUCAGAUUAAUGUGUUUUAUAAAUCUAGUGAAUAUUGAUAUCUCUCUUUUAUAAAAACAUAAACAAAGCUCCCCAAACUCAUGAUAUGGUGCAAUUUUCCUGGCAAGUUUCUAUAUUUUCUUCUAGGAAUAACAAUCAAGAUUUCAUUCUUGAGAACUUUUUAAUUUUUGCAAGAGAUGCUAAAAGUCUAGCUCUGAUUCUGUGAAGUCUUUUACUGCUUUUUGUUCUGCCUUGUAGGAAUGCAAACCAUUUGGGGAAAUUUAUGAAAUAAUUUUAUCUAAAAUGCUGUAUUAUAAGACCAUACGAGAUAUCUUCAGAAUGGUUAAAAUUCUCUGAUUUUUAUAGGAAGGAUUCAUUUCUGCUUUUUUAGAUUGCAUGCAAGAGCACAUCUACUAAAUCAGCCGUGGAAAUGAGUUCAUAAGUUAGUAUGGUAAAUUAUGUUUGGGAACAGCAUAAUUCUUACUGUAGUGCUUUUUUCCUUUGCUGCUACUGCCUUUGAGAAGUAUUGCAACUCUGCUCAGAGUUAACCAUUGACUUUUGGGAUAUGAAGCUUACUUAGAAAAAGAUAAAAUUAUUCUGUAUGUGCGCCAUGGAACUUACAAUGAGCCUUUUCUUUUUUUUUUAAUCACACAAGUGACCCAUUAGAUAUGAUUGCUGAUUUUUAUUGUCAUGUUUUCCUUGUUAAUCACAUCUGAGCUGUUGACUAAAGAACACUCUUGAAUUAACAGUGCCAAACUUCUUUCAACCUGUGACAUACAGUGACAGCUCACAUCUGUAGGCACAACAUUUUAUUUUCAGAACCACAUAUUUGUCAAUAGGCACUCUGUUCCUCCUUCUGCAGACUUAAAACUUGGAGGACAUUGGAGACAAAUCUUAGUGUCUAGGAGGAAUGCUCUCAAUCCAAAUUGUAUUAUAAUUUAAGGAAUUUUAUUUUUUUUAUGAUUUUGAGAGCAGUAUUUGUGUAUAGUUUUGGUUCUGUUUUGCUUACUUUUAAUCAUAUCUGAAUUGAGGUUGAUUAACUUCUGUUUCUUGAUUUAUUUUUUUUUAAUUAUUAUUUUUGAACAUUGUGUUGUUAGUUAAACCUUCUAACAAAGUGUGCUAAAUGUACACAUUUUCACUUGGUACUUCAGUACACAUACCAAGUAUUGUAGCAGACUGUGUGUAAGAAAUUUAUUUUUAAACAAAGAGAGGAAUAUUUAUGGGAUAUUUUGUUUUCCUUUUUUCCUGUUCCCCUUAACAAAGCUGUGUGGAAUCAGCCCUCACCUCUGCAGACCGCAGUGUCAGUGCACCAACACUACGAUGCUUUUGAGCAAGAAACAGGGUUUGUUUCCCAGGAAUCAGAUGUCAGUGAGCCCCAGAGAGAGCCCCAUGGACUUAUAGCCAAGGCAGCUGUGUUGAGUUCCCAGUUCCAGGGAUGUCAGAGAGUAUUGUUUGAUAUGCACAAUACUGGCUUUUAUCCGCUUGGUUUCACUGGGCAGACGUUUUCCAGUACUGUUUCCAAUCCUGCCCUCUUGAGGGAGAUGUCUAAGACUGCUUGUUCAGUUCUACAAUCACCUUCAAAUGAAGUGAAUUCAAACAUCUUGGAGAAUAUGCUUGAAAGUAGAAGUAUCCUUGUAUUUUAUUCAGGAAGUAGGAUGAAAAACUGGUAAGGAAGAUGAGUUGAAGCAGCUUUUAAGAUGAAAGCUUCUCAAAGUUCAUCUCAACUUCACAUUAAUCUUUGACAUCUCUGUAUCAUUUUGUUUUGCUUUAUUUUCAGUGUAGAGCAUUCACUAAAACAGUUGGUUUGCUUUACUUCUAGAUAGAUUUGUGCAUCAUAGGGGGGAAGUCAAGCUGUAAUAAGGUUGUUUUAUAAGUAGAUUGGAAAUGGAAAAACAAGCCUGCAGAGUACAUACUGGACAACAACUCAAAAUAGAAGGGCAUUGAGGUAAUUCUUUAGAAGACGCAAUGUUUUGGAUUGCUGCAUGAAAUUAAUGUGAUAUUUCAGUGUAUUACUGUUCAGUUCUGAUGCAUCUACUAUGUGUGAGAAGGCAACUGUCUAGGGAAAAAGCAUUAUUAACACUUGUCUAGUUAGCGAGAACUGUAGUCAGCAAUUUGCAAAAUUAUAUUGUAUUGAAUACAUUAGGAUAGAGCACUCUUACCUGCCACUACAAGUUUAUAACACAGCAAAUUAGAUGGCCUUGGCACCUAUUUUUUCAAUUACGCCUUCUUAAUUUAAAAAUGAUGUUGAAAUAUUGACAUCAUUUUACGUUUCAAGCUUGUCUCUUUGCUUUUUUUUAUGCAAGAAGUGCAUGAUUAGUAGGAUUUUCAUAAAUGUCAUCUCCAGAAUGUAAUAUUACUUUAAUAGUGACUUAAAAAUUCUAUUUUGACACUUGCAUUGUAAAGCAGACAGUUGGUAUAUCGCCAGGUGACUUUGCUGUGGACGUAUUGAAUGGAUGGAAUUAGCUCAGUAAAAAUGCUCAAAAAUCACAUUUUAUUUUUUAUAUUCUUCAGUACUCCAUUACAUAAAAUUAGUGUGGUGAUCAUGAGAGCGUCUGUAUGUGCUGUAUUUAAGUAUGCCAGUUUCUCUAUGGUUUUACUUUGUCAUCAGGGAUGAAUAAAUACUGCUCUCAGAGCUACUAUAGGGGAAUGGUAGGUCAAGUUUUGCUUUUAUAAUUGAUUUGUGGAAGCAGUACUUGCAGAGGGGAAAAGUACUUCAAAUCCUCGUUUUCUUGGUGAGCGUUCCAGCGGAUUUCAGUGAAGUCAAGAGCCUUAUUGCUACAGAGAUGUUUAAUGGGUAUCUGUACACAUAGUGAUACAAAUUUUAUCUCUGAAACCUACUCUACCUCUAUAAGUAAAUGCUCUUUUGGGUGAGCUCAGCACUUUCUUAAUUGCUUAAAAAUAGAAUCUACUGAAUAAUGAAAGUUAUUCUAUGAGCAGGAUAAAUGAGAGGAGCUGAUUGAUGUAUAUAAAUUCUUAUCAAUUCCAAAUUUUAUGUCAAAGUUUAUUAAAAAUAAAUUAAUUACAAUGUUUGGAAGGUAAUCGCUUUCAUCUUUACAUUGAAAAUUAUGCUGAAGCAUUAUUCAUACUGAAAAAUUAAUGUUAAUCUCUGAGUAAAAGCUUACUUACACAAGUGAGCAGAUACGUUCAAGCAUAUUUAAAGAAGGGAGGUGGAGGAGAUGCUGAGUACAACUGCUGCUGUGGCUGGGACAAUGGUAGAAUGACAAGCAGCAGAAAGGUUAUGUAUUCCUGUAUCUCUGUAAUGGUACAAAGUGAAACUAAAAUUUCUUUUCAAGCUGUAUAAAAAGGCUUCUAAGUUGUUGAUUUCUGUAUGAAGAUGACUUGUGUGUGUUCAAGUAUAUGUACAUACAAGCUUUCUGUGAAAGGUCUUUUAGUAGAAAAGUUUGUGAAAUUGUUUUGUAAAGCUUCUGCUGAGCCAUUCAGGGGAAAAUAAAGGGCUGACUCAAAAUUACUCCAGCUGAAGGUCUAUUACAGUGUUCAGCAAUGGGGAAAGCCAUGUAGAGAGGAACUAGAAUUUUCAGAUGAGCAAUACAAAUGUAGAAGGCUGUGAGAAGUAUGUGUAGCCCUCUUUCCCAUUUAAUAAUAGCCUUCCAUAGAACUUCAUUAACCAGUUGCAAGGAACUUCACAAGGCAGGACUUGUUCCUGGUAAAGUGUCUCUACCCAUGGAAUGCAUUUGACAGCUGGAGAAAGAACAGUACUUUGCUGCUGAGGUCCUGGCACCAGUCAAAUGGAAAAAAAAUUAUUAAUAUUUACUAACUUUAACAUUCAUCCAAACCCUGGGUGAAAUCUCUUUGCUGGACAGGUGAAGGACAGGUUUUCUGAAAGCAACUUGAAAAGUCUUUUUAUGGAGGAAAGAAAGAAAGAUGUGCUGCUUGGGAUGUUUAGAACUCUGGGAUUAAGCAUCAGAUCAAUACUUUUAGGUGAUAACACUUAUGAUUUCUUAUCCAUUUAAAAUCUCUACUAGCUACCUCCUUCGGCAUUCUUGCUCUAUUUAUAAUAACCAAGCACUUUAUAGCUCAGUAAAGAAUGGAAGGUAGCUAUGAAGAAUAACUUGUAUUGUUUGGUAUAAGAAAUAUUUUGUCAAAAUUCCUUCUGAGAUCAGCUUCACGGUGGGGUGUCCGAAGAGGGCAUCUGAUAGCAAUGUACAUAAAUUUUUAAUCUACUUGUAAUAUAAAGGAAAUGUCUUUAAGAGAGUGGUUUAUGAGGAGUUCAGCAUGCCUCGGUAUCAACCAUAUAAUGAUGCAGUGUGCUAUUUAUAACUUCUUAGUCAUUGAAAUUGAAAAUAUAAAAACAAAUAAAAUAUUC